UCAGGAGGCUGAGAUGGGAGGAGGAGAUGGGUGGGAUCACUUGAGCCCGGGAGUCAGAAGCUACAGUGAGCCGUGAUCGCGCCUGGGUGACAGAGCCAGACCAUUUUUUGCCUGUGAAUUCCAUGAACCACUCUGCUCCCUACUGAAAUAACUAAGGGCCAACAUCUAUUGAGUGUUUCCUGCAUACUAGGCAUUGUAUUAAUAACAUUUUACGUGCAUCACCUCAUUUAACCGUCACAACUACCCUGGGGUACUAAUAGGCGCUAAUCUAUUUCACCGCUGAGAAACUGAGGCUUGGGUAUGAAACGUGCCCAGGGGUUACACGGCUAGUGAGUGGCUGGGUUAGGACUGGAUCCCAGGCAAUCCAACGUAAGCGUUCCCUUAAAAGCCACUAAUAUGGUGUGUGCCCGAGGAGUAGCCAUCAUGAGCAAAGCUCACCCUCCCGAGUUGAAAAAAUGUAUGGACAAGAAGUUAUCAUUGAAAUUAAAUGGUGGCAGACAUGUUCAAGGAAUAUUGCGGGGAUUUGAUCCCUUUAUGAAUCUUGUGAUCCAUGAAUGUGUGGAGAUGGCGACUAGCGGACAACAGAACAAUACUGGAAUGGUGGUAAUACGAGGAAAUAGUAUCAUCAUGUUAGAAGCCUUGGAACGAGUAUAAAUAACGGCUGUUCAGCGGGGAAGCCCAUGUCCUCUCUCCACAGGGCCUGUUUUACUAUGAUGUAAAAAUUAGGUUAUGCACAUUUUCAUAUUAGACUUUUUGUUAAAUAAACUUUUGUAAUAGUCAA